AUGUUCGACAAGAAAGGAUCCCGCAACGUGCAGCGCAGGCCCCUGCCAGCACCCAGGCCGGCAGCACCUCGAACAGUGCCAGCGGCAGCACCCGCGGUAGUACCCGCGGUUGCAUACAGAGGGGCAUACAGACCAGCACCUGCAGUAGCGCCGAGAGCAGCACCUCCCCCCAGCUCUCGGGGAAGGACCGACAUGAACGGUGAUUCGGCCCUAGCACCCAGAGCGACACCCAGAGCGGCACCUAGGGCGACACCUAGAACAACACCUCCCCGCGCUCACGGAGGGGAAGAAUGGUACAAAGUCUCCACGCCAGAGUUCGACACAGUCGCCCCCGAUCCUCUGGACCCUCCCAAGCGAUACCACACAGGUAUCUUCGUUGAAACAAACCCGAAGGCUCUCAAAGGAUCGCUAUUUCACGUCACCGGCGACAUCAUCGCCAGCAGCGGCAUGCGGUUCGAAGUUAAAACCGACUAUGAUCCUGGAGCAUCCAAAUUUUUUCACAGAACCACGGAUAUUGGAUGGGUUCGCAAAGCCGAUUUUCCGAGAAUACGUGGUAUCUUGGAAGCCUUGCCCAAACCGACCAAGCAGCAGGGAAUUGACUUUUGGACCAAAGAUCCAGCUCACUGGAAUAAGCUUACUUGGACGAAGCAGAAUGGGGAACUUUACGGGCCAGGCGAACAACGACGGCCAAUCAUGAAGUGUAAUGAAUGGACACAUCAGAUUGCGAUUCCGAAGUUGCGUCGCGAAGGAAUUUUACAUAACUCAAUUUGA